GAUGCUUACAGAUUCGUCAACAACGAUCGAUUGGACAUAAGCAUUCUGUUGCGAUUGUUUACUUACUUGCCUGGUGAGGAUCAAUAUGCCCCGUGGACAGUUGCAGCCUCCGUCUUAACCACAUAUAAUUCAUAUCUGAGCGGUAAUGCCGAUUACAGCGAGUUCAAGGCGUUCGUUGGCUCGCUCGUAAGCAAUAUUUAUGAAAAACUGGGCGUCAAUGAACCAGCCGGUGAACAAUUUCUCCGCAAAUUCACACGAAAUACUGUAGUAAAUCUCGCUUGCUUAGUGGGAGUUGAGAACUGUCUCACCGAUGCCAAUGACAAGUUGAAAUCGCACAUAAAUAACGGUGUUGACAUUGAACCUAAUCUUAGAUCGCAAGCUUACUGCAAUGGUCUACGUCAAGCUAGCAAUAGCGAAUAUACCUACUUCCUCAAUGAUUUGCUCAGUUCGAGCGACACCACCCACCGUACCAGACUGUUAAGUGCAUUGGGUUGUUCGCAAAACGAAGCGCAAUUGCAGUCGUUUGUGAGUAGUUCCAUUAAUUUAGGCAACUCGUUGACCAGUUCAGAACGCACCAGCAUAUUGAGUGCAGCCUACUCUCGCAGCCCAUUGGGGCUAUUAGUCUCUAUUGAUUUUCUUGGCAAUAAUUGGGAUGCAUACUCUAACCUAUCCAACAGUACAGGCUCUAGUAAUCCGCUUAGCAGAGAUAUUGUGAGCAUGGGUAGUUAUGUGAAUAAUGCAACCCAACAAGAGCAGCUCCUUGCGCUUGUGGACAAAGUUAAGAACAGCGCGAAAGUUCAAACGAACCUCGAAGAAGCAGUCAAUGCCAACAUAAAAGUGAACUUUGACUGGAUAGAUAAGAAUGGCGGACAGGUAAUAAGCUUUGUGAAAACUUAUCGCUCAAAUGGCAGUGCCGCACUCAGUGCAUCUCUCAUGUCUGCAUUAAUGGCAGUCCUUUUGACGCUGUCGCGCUUUUUGUAAGAAGCGAUCGAAACACGAAUUUAUGAAUUUCAACCAAAUACAAUGAAUGCAUUACGCUAUAAGAUAUUUAAGUAAGAUACAUUGAUACGAAUUGUAAAUAGAAAGUAUUGAUUUUUGUGUACAUAAUAAAAUUAAAACAAGUAAAGAAGUAUAA